CAUCAGGAGCUGUUGACUUUGGCCAAAAGAAAGAGGGUGGAUUCAGGAGACCAGGAUGAGCCAGUUAGCAAACCUGCAGCCUCUACUGACUCUGAGACAUCGGACAGUGACGAUGAGUGGACGGUGGGAGGCACCAAAGGUAAAAAGAAAGUCAAACCAGGUAAAGGGUCUGAAAAGAAGACCACCACAAAGAAAAAGGUUCACAAAGCCACGGCGUCCGGCAGCUCAGAUGGAGACAGUUCAGCUGAAAGCUCAGCGCCAGAAGAAGGUGAGGUGUCUGAUUCAGAAAGCAACAGUUCAUCCUCCAGCUCAGACUCGGACUCUUCGGAGGAUGAUGUUUUCCGGGACGGUUACGACGAUGACCUGAUGGGUGAUGCAGAGGACAGGGCCAGACUCGAGCAGAUGACAGAGAAGGAGAGAGAGCAGGAGCUGUUCAACCGUAUCGAGAAACGAGAAGUGCUAAAGAGGCGGUUUGAAAUCAAAAAGAAGCUAAAGACGGCAAAGAAAAAGGAGAAAGAGGAGAAGAAAAAGAAGCAGGAGGAAGAACAAGAAAAACGAAAACUAUCUCAGGUUCAAGAACCAGUGGUAAUGUCACACAAUAAAGAAAGGCGAUCCAAACGGGAUGAAAAAUUGGACAAAAAAUCUCAAGCCAUGGAGGAGCUAAAGGCCGAACGAGAGAAGAAGAAGAACAAAACAGCUGAACUGCUGGCGAAACGUGAGCCUCUAAAGACGAGUGAAGUGUACUCAGAUGAUGAAGAGGAGGAAGAGGAAGAUGAUGAUAAAUCCUCUGUGAAAAGUGACCGCAGCUCACGAUCCUCAUCCUUUUCUGACGACGAGAAAGAGGAGACUCCACCAAAGUCGCAGCCAGUUUCCCUCCCAGACGAACUGAACAGGAUUCGAUUGUCGAGACACAAACUGGAGCGAUGGUGCCAUAUGCCAUUCUUUGCCAAAACAGUCACGGGCUGCUUUGUGCGGAUAGGCAUCGGCAACAGCAGCAGUAAACCAGUCUACAGGGUGGCAGAAAUUGUGGAUGUGGUGGAAACGGCAAAGGUGUACCAACUUGGCACGACGCGAACAAAUAAGGGUCUACAGUUGAGACAUGGCGGUGACACACGGGUGUUCAGACUCGAGUUUGUAUCAAAUCAGGAAUUUACAGAGAACGAGUUCAUGAAGUGGAAAGAGGCUAUGAUGGCUGCUGGGAUGCAAGUACCAACACUGGACGAAAUCACCAAAAAAGAGCAGUCUAUCAAAGAAGCCCUGAAUUAUAAAUUUAAUGACAAAGACAUAGAGGAUAUUGUAAAAGAGAAGGACAGAUUUAGAAAAGCGCCUCCAAAUUAUGCCAUGAAGAAAACGCAGUUACUGAAAGAUAAGGCCAUGGCAGAGGAGAGUGGCGAUGGUGACAAAGUGAAAGUGAUCCAGGAUGAACUGAACGAGCUGGAAGAAAGAGCCGAGGCCCUCGAUAGACAACGAACCAAGAACAUCUCUGCUAUCAGCUAUAUCAAUCAGCGAAACAGAAGCUGGAAUAUUGUUGAAUCUGAAAAGGCUCUCGUGUUGGAAGGACAGAACAGCAAAAACCAGCAGAUGGAUCCUUUCACGAGAAGACAAUGCAAACCCACAAUGGUGUCCAAUGCUAGAGAUCCUUCAGUACACGCUGCUAUUCUUGCUCAUCUUAAUCAGAAGUAUGGGUCUGGAUCGACACCAGAUGUACCAAACACAGAGAAGAACAAUCCGGGUGAGAAGACAAACCCUAAAGAUAAAGAUGUCCCCAAACCCACCACAGACCUCUCAGAAGACCUGUUUAAAGUACACGAUUUUGACGUUAAAAUUGACCUACAAGUUCCUAAUGCAGAGGCCAAGUCUUUGUCCGUGAGCUCAAACGCUUUACCAGUGAAAGAUGGAGCCCCCCGCCGCUCUCUGAACCUGGAGGACUAUAAGAAAAGGAGGGGUCUGAUCUAACGCAGCUGUCCCGAAUGACAAUGCAUGUGCAACUGGUUGACUGAGCGCGUGAAUGAGACUAUGUAUGAAUGAAUAAAUGAAUGAAUGAAAUGAAAACUGAUUGAAUGUUGCUGGAGGAAGUGUUUCCGACUGUUCAACCUAACACAGAGUAAACUGAAAGGCUCAAAGGAUCUGUCUCGGAAAGAUUUGUCCACUUUUGUUUUUUCUUUUUACAUUAUCACGCAAUCUGAUGUAUCAAGAUGUAUUUUUAUGUAUUAAGCUCUGCUCCAUUAUUUUUAAGGACAUGCUUUUUUUUGUUUUGUUUCAAGUCCAUUUUUGUGUGUUCCCUCAAAAACCUGGAAUGGACAAAGACACUAUGAUAGACGGCUUAUAUACAGUAGUUGAAGUGUUUCGGCAUUUUUCACUUGGACAUAUUAUGGAAUUUCUAUCAAGAGUUGAUUUUUUUUUGUGUCACUAUACCUCCAAAAUGUGAUCUUCCAUCCUCAUUUUGGAACCUAAAUAAUAUUUUCAAUGUUUAUUUUCAACUGAAUCAACCGUGACGCCAGCUUUCCAUGACAAAUGUGAAAAUAAUGGGACUUGGACAUUGAGCAGCACAGGACAUUUUUUACAUUUUAAGUCUAUUGAAAGAAUCCAGUUUAAGAGAAGACAUUUUAUUCUAUGGCUGGUUCGUUUCGUUUUGGGGUUUUUUCUUCGGUUGGUUUUUAAUGGGACAAGUUUCCUUCCCUAAAACUUACCAGAGCAGAUUCUAUGUGUUAAUGUAUCUAUAGUCAGUUCCUGUAUUGAUGUGGCAUGCCAUGUAAAUAUGCAUUUUGGAGUGAGUGCGGAAAAAAUAAAAAGGCACUGUUUCAUACA